UUCGAUUUGUCCGGUCAUCGGCCUUCGAUCUAGCAUUUGUCUUUAUCGCUCCAUUCUUUGAGCUCUACCCCUCCCUCCCAUUGAUCCUUUGUUCGACGGUUCAUUGUUGCAUGCGAUCCGUUUUCUAUAACCGCUCUAUAUAUCCCUCCCCCGGAGCAUGUGUCGCGGCACUGGAUCCGGCCAGCUUCUAUCAACUCCGAUCUGAAUCGCUCUUGUCGACUUGCUCAUCCUCAACCCCGCCAAUAAGACGGAUUCAUGCAGACCAUGCCGCCCCGAGCGUCCUUGACCAGCUCUUUUUCCGUCACCGAUGCCAACAAUGAGGUGGUUUGUCCCUUGAAAAAUAACGAUGGCUCGAAUUGUCGGAAAAGAUGCUUGGGGGUGAGUCUUCUUAUCUAUCCCCGCCACCUAGUUUCCCCGACCUCUCCGUUCUCGAUCGGCCCCUCCACGCAAUCGCAUCAGCGCCGGUCUGGAGAUAAAGGGAGGCGUGAAGAGAAACGCUAUCGCUCGAUGCAGGAGCACAUCCGUCGAGCCCACCCAAACCACUACAUUCCGAAGCUCCCAGCAACUGAAGAAAGCUUUAUAUUGAUGGUCACUACUCCUCCAGAACAGCGUGCCAACCUUACACCUCCUCAAUCCAGGCGGCGCAACGAUGCAUCUGAUCGAGAUUUCUACGGUGCUGGAUCCAAUUCACCUGCAACCCCGCGUGGCAUCGACGAAACCCAUCCGGCUGCAGCUACUGCGGCCGUCGCAUUGGCCCAACUGCAUCAUAACCGCUUAACAUCUGACUGGGAUCCAGAUGUGAUCCAUUCUGAUAACGAUAUCGACCGAGCACCGAUGCGAUCGUCAAUUGAACUGCCAUCUCUCCGCGAUCACUUCAAGCGGGACUCAUUGCCGCCAUUUUCAUCGCCUCGUCCGAGAUCACUUUUACCCUCGAUUCUAAACCACUCCCCUCCCGGUCGCUCUUCAACUCUUCCUCCAAUUCAGCGGACGGACAAGCUUCCUCGUCCCCGCAAAGGUUCUAUCUCUGGAGCACGAAAAGCCAAACACGAGCGUUCGAGAUCCAAGGAAUACCGGCGGCGUCCGAGUCUAGGGGAUAGGAAGGCCCUAUCGGCAGAGCCCCAAACGGCUGCCUGGGCCCAAGGCAAGCGCUGGGAGGAUCUCAUCGAAGCCGCAACGUCAGCAACAGAGGUCGAUGAUGAUCGACAGUCACAAUCAGAUUUGGGACCUUCACCAACCAUCCCGCCGAUGAUUCCCAAUAUCACAUCCAUAACGUCGGCACCUUCGGUUAAGAACAGAUCAUCCAUGCCACCCGCGUUCCAGUCUCCCGGUCUACCGCCGCCUACAUCCCAUCGUUCCUUCCCGCCGCCACAAUCGUACACGGCGUCGCCUUUGCACAAAUCAUUGACGCCGCCGCCGUACGAAUUCUCACGCAACCGUGACGCUGACCUGGAACCAUUUCCAUCCAUUGAGUCGUCUUUGGACUCGGCAUCCACGACCUCCGGGAAGAAUUUUGGAUAUUCCAAUCACUUGAACUCGACGGGGCAUCCCAGUUCUAGUCCGGUUUUGAACGUAUUCCCAUCAUCGGCAGCUCAGCGACAGCAUCAUCGGUUUUCGAACCCCACACCAGCAUCCUUCCGCAACAGGGAAAUACAGAUUUUCUGUGCCAGCUGCAAGCAGGCAUGGCCUCUGAACGAAUGUUACGCCUGCACUGAGUGCAUCUGCGGUGUAUGCCGUGACUGCGUGGUGCAGUUUAUCAGCAGCCCACCGACACCAUUCAAAAACGUCACAUCCAGUCCUGGCAGUGCAAUGUCCCAUGGCCCAACAAGUUAUCCAGGUCCGCGGGGUUGUCCGCGAUGUCGGGCUGUGGGGGGAAAGUGGAAAGCAUUCCAACUGGAUGUCAAAUGAAACGUUAUGUCAAACCCGUAGGCGGGUUGCUUUAUGGUUUAUGGAUCUUAUGAAUUACGGCAGAGGCUUACGGCACUCACAAUUACAUUUCCACGGUAUGACGCCUCAAAACACCGACAGGCAGCCUCGACGAGGACAACAUAUAUUAUGGAAGGGCUGGCCCAACCAACUAACGGCGUUCUCACUCCGCUCUGGAAAGAGCAGCACAAUCCACUGUAAAAGAAAAAAAGCUGGACUUUUUGUUUGAACAUGUUGGGGC